AACUUACAAUUCAUUUAAAUUUUCGUAAUUCCAGUUGUGAGCUAUAAUUGCGCAAUUAGAUAAAAUACCAGUUGAUAUCUACAGUAAUAAUCUUAGUAAUACGAAGACAUUGAAAGGCAAUUGGAAAACUCAAAUGAAUUCUAUACUAAUUACUGGUUGCAAUCGUGGAUUGGGCCUUGGUAUUGUAAAGACACUUGUGAAAUUACCACAGCCCCCUAAACAUAUUUUUGCAACGUGCAGAGACUCCGACAAAGCUACGGAACUAAAGGACUUAGCAGCCAGUCAUUCGUCAAUUCAUAUUUUGGAGAUCGAUUUGCUCAAUUUUAAUAAUUAUGGCAACCUAAUAAGUCAAAUUAGUGAAGUAGUGAAAGAUGGCGGGUUGAAUGUGUUAUUCAAUAAUGCUGGCUUUGCUCCCAAAUCUACUCGUAUCACCACAGUUAAAUUAGAGGAGUUGAUGCGGGCUUUGCACACCAAUACUGUUGUACCAAUUAUGCUAUCGAAGGCUUGUCUCCCACUCUUAAAACGGGCUUCAAUAACUAACAAAAACAUUGCAAUGGGUGUUAGGCGGGCCGCUAUUAUAAACAUGAGUUCGAUUCUUGGCUCCAUUGAAGCCAAUACAGAUGGUGCCAUAUACGCAUAUCGUACUUCGAAGGCUGCUUUAAAUGCAGCGACGAAAUCAAUGAGUAUCGACCUCCUUAAAGACGGAAUUCUUUGUGUAUGUUUACAUCCUGGUUGGGUACGUACUGACAUGGGAGGCGAUAAUGCACCGCUUGAUGUGAGCACUAGCUCAAGGAUGAUCAUAGAAAUUCUAUUAAAAUUUAACGAGAUGAAUAAUGGCGGUUUCUAUCAAUAUGACGGUCAAAAAUUGCCUUGGUAGAAUAUCUUAUAUUAUUGUGUUUAUUUUCUCGUGUUUAAUUUGUAACUGCAAAUUGACAUACAUACUGUGAGCGUCAAAAAUAAGUAAACAGCAGUUCUAUCAAUAUUAAAGUGUUUAUAACAACGCAGUCUUUAAUGCAACAAUAAAAAGUUGUAUUACAGAAUUCAAGGCUUAUAUUAUAAGAGCUUAACUUAGAAUAAAUAAUAAACAAAAAUUAAACACAGCCAAAAAUAAUUUACAUAAACUAAAAAUACUCUCGUUUUUUCGCGUCAAAAAAAAGUAAACAGAGUUCUGUAAAGUUAAAAUCUAUGUACGUAAACUAAAUUAAUAUUCAUUCUAGUAUUUUGUUUACUUUCCUUUGGACUUCUGUACAUCACUUAUUUUUCUGGGCAUGUAUUCUGCAAAAUUUUUUUGUAAAUUCUGGAGAGAUUUUGCUCCAUUCUUCAAUCAAAGCCUUAUUUAGGUCGUCCUUGCUUGAAAUGUCCUUCUGUCUGAUUUUUCGGUCAAGGUGCUCCUACAGAUGCUCGAUAUGAUUAAUGUCUGGGGUCUGAAGAGGGUUAUCCAGAGUUUUGGUGUUUGAUAUAACAGCCACUCACUUACAAAUUUGGACUUGUGUUUAGGAUCGUUGUCCUGUUGAAAGAUCCAGUUUCCUGAUAGGCCUAAUUUUUCAAUGCUUUGAGCAACAUUUUUUUUUUUAAUGUUGAAAUUAUCCAAUGUGUUAAUCGUGGACUCAAUAAAAACCAAAUUCCCUACACCAGAUGCUGUCAUACAGCCCCAGACCAUAGGCGAUCCUCCACCGUGCUUUACGGUGUGGGUAACACACUUAUCAGUAAAGGCUUUAUUUUUGGAUCUCCAAAUUUUGGGAAACUUUUUCGAUUCAAAUAUUUCGAAUUUGCUUUUGUCUGUAUAAAAAAUGUUUUCCCAGAAAUUUUCAGCCUGAUUUAAAUACUUUUUUGCAAAUUUCAAGUUCAUCUGUUAUUCGCUUUUGAUGUAUAGGCCAUUUGGCGUGGUACUCGUUCAUGCAAACCGCUUUUGUGCAAAGUUCUCCUGAUUGUACUGGCACUUACUGGUUUACCCAAUGUCUCCGCUAUAUCUUUUGAUAUUUGAGCAGCGUUUGAAGCUGGAUUUGUUUUUACUUCCCGUACUAUUUAUCGCGCUUCAGUGUCAGUAAGGCGCUUUGGUCGGCUCGGCCGUGACAAAUUUUCAACUGUCUGAUGUGUACCAUGUUUAUUAAUAUUUUUUUUAUUGUGCAAUAGUGUCUUCUAACUAUUUCUCCGAUUUCGCGCAAAGAUUUAUCUUUUUUGUGCAAAUCUAAUAUGAGUUUUUAACCGUUUCAGUGGUCGUUCGCUUGCUCAUUACAAAUAUUGAUAUUUUAGCGACUUAACCUCAAAAAAAAAACAUAAUGAUAUAAAAAAUAUGUUUUACUGCACUUAAUCUCUUGAAUAAUAACGGUUUCCAAAGGAUUUUUGGCGCUUCCCCGAAAUAAGUAUUAAAAACAAACAACGGUUGUUGCUACUGUUUACUUUUUUUUGACGCGAAAAAACGAGAGUAUUUUUAGUUUAUGUGAAUUAUUUUUGGCUGUGUUUAAUUUUUGUUUAUUAUUUAUACUAAGUUAAACUCUUAUAAUAUUAGCCUUGAAUUCUGUAAUACAACUUUUUAUUGUUGCAUUAAAGACUGCGUUGUUAUAAACACUUUAAUAUUGAUAGAACUGCUGUUUACUUAUUUUUGACGCUCACAGUAUGUAUAUUAUAGAUACGCUUUUCAAUUGUCAGUAGUAUUUUACUUGUCACCGAAAAACUUUAUCAAACUUACAUUAUGACAAAAAAAUUCCCGGAAAGUGUAAAUAAAACGCAAAAUGUUUAAUUAUUCAUUAAUAUUUAUUUUGUCGUCUGCAAAGUAAUUAUGCCAACGAUGUUCGCAGUUUUCGAACACUUUUCAUAAGCACUUUUUGGGAUGGUUUUCAGCGCCUUAAGCGUAAAUUGUUUUAUCACUUCAAUCGACUGAAAACGGCUUUCAUGGAGCGGCACUUUCAGUUUGUGGAAUAAGAAAAAAUCAUACGGAGCCAAAUCUGGUGAAUCCGGUGGUUGAUCGGUGGUAUUCAUUGCGUUUUUGGCUCUAAAUUCAGUCACUCUUUUGAAAAAAAAAACAGCUUUAUCGGAACGAGUUAAACAAGAACACGUUUCAUACCUAAAAUAUCCUCCAAAAUCAUUCGAAUGGACUCGCAAGAUAUUUCGGGCUUUCUCUCUAACAUUUGCCUGACGAUUUUCAAGCACCAUAUCCUUUACUUUUUUAAUAUUUUGAUCAGUUAAAGAGGUCGAAGAUCGUCCAGAGCGAGGCAUGUCUUCAAAGAUCUCUCGACCAUCUUUGGGGGCUUUGUACCACUCGUAGGCUUGUGUUUACUAGCAUUUACAACCAUUCCACACACGAAAUUUGGUUAGAAAUACAAAAUUUUAGACUAAUUCUUUGUUUGAAAUUUUUAUCCGUUGUAAAAAUCGCAACGCACUACUGAGGUGUAUCGACUUAAGCAGCUGCUAUAAACAAACUGGCAUAGUA